AGUUGGGUGGAGAAGUUUCUUUCACACUCAGGUCAUUGGAACAGUCAGAGAGAACUCUCCAUGCACUGAAGCAUAACGCUGAUGCUCUCCUGCUGCUCUGUGAGGAUGUUUCUGUUUGCCAUGGGCUCACUGCUGGUCAUCCUUCAGCCAUCCACUGGGCAGUUCCCCAGAGUCUGUGCGAACACACAAAGCUUGCUGAGGAAGGAGUGCUGUCCUCCCUGGGCUGGAGAUGGGUCCCCUUGCGGGGAGCAUUCCAACAGAGGAACCUGCCAGCGCAUCCUUCUCUCUCAAGCUCCUCUGGGACCACAGUUUCCUUUCUCAGGAGUGGAUGAUAGAGAGGAUUGGCCUUCUGUGUUUUACAACCGGACAUGCAGAUGCAGAGGCAAUUUCAUGGGGUUCAACUGCGGGGAAUGCAAGUUUGGCUUCUCGGGACAAAACUGCACUGAAAGGCGACUCAGAACGAGAAGAAACAUCUUCCAGCUCACCGUCAGUGAGAAGGACAAGUUCCUUGCCUACCUUAACCUAGCAAAGAAUAUCCCUAGCAAGGACUAUGUCAUUGCUACUGGCACAUAUGCUCAGAUGAACAACGGCUCCAACCCCAUGUUCAGAAAUAUCAACGUGUAUGAUCUCUUCGUCUGGAUGCAUUAUUAUGCCUCUCGAGACACACUUUUAGGUGGCUCCAAUGUGUGGAGGGACAUUGAUUUUGCCCAUGAAGCUCCUGGUUUUCUGCCUUGGCAUCGUGCUUUUCUGCUGCUGUGGGAACGUGAGAUACAGAAGAUAACGGGUGAUGAGAACUUCACCAUACCCUACUGGGACUGGCGAGAUGCAGAGGACUGUGUAAUCUGCACUGAUGAAUACAUGGGUGGCCAACACCCCACCAACCCUAAUUUACUCAGCCCAGCAUCAUUUUUCUCCUCAUGGCAGGUAAUCUGCACUCGAUCUGAAGAGUACAACAGCCAACAGGCUUUAUGCAACGCCACUACUGAAGGGCCUAUACUUCGAAAUCCUGGAAACAAUGACAAAUCAAGGACCCCAAGGCUCCCAUCUUCAUCAGAAGUUGAAUUUUGUCUGUCACUCACUCACUAUGAAUCUGGAUCCAUGGAUAAAAUGGCCAAUUACAGCUUCCGAAACACUUUGGAAGGCUUUGCUGAUCCACACACUGCGAUAUCAAACAUAUCUCAAAGUGGUUUGCAUAAUGCCCUUCACAUCUACAUGAAUGGCUCCAUGUCCCAAGUACAAGGCUCUGCGAAUGAUCCUAUCUUCAUCCUACACCAUGCUUUUGUUGACAGCAUUUUUGAGCAAUGGUUAAGAAGACAUAGACCCAUGCUAGAAGUUUACCCAGCAGCCAAUGCACCCAUUGGGCACAAUCGAGAAAAUUAUAUGGUUCCCUUCAUCCCUCUCUACAGAAAUGGAGAAUUUUUUAUAUCAUCAAGGGAGCUGGGAUAUGACUAUGAGUAUCUGCAAGAACCAGCACUUGGUUCUUUCCAGGACUUUUUAAUCCCCUACCUCGAGCAAGCCCGUCAGAUCUGGCCCUGGCUGGUCGGCGCAGCUGUGAUCGGAGGCAUAGUUACUGCUGUGCUCUCUGGGCUCAUCCUGGCCUGCAGAAAGAAAAGAGCAGGAACUUCUCCAGAAAUACAACCCUUACUCACAGAAAGUGAGGAUUACAACAAUGUAUCUUAUCAAUCCCAUUUCUGAAGACCUCCAGUAUCUCAGUGAUGUUUCUAAGGUGCUAGUCAAGCAUGCAGUGUUUAUGUUUACAAUGACCUUGUUAAGCUGUGCUACAUAAGCUGGCUGGGCUGUCCUACUCCUUGUGCCUCUUGUAACAUCCAGUGUUACAGUACCUUAUCAGCUCCAGUACUCCAAGAUCUCUCAUAUUCAACAUGUUACCAUGCCACCCAAGGAACAGAGUGUAUUUCCAAUGCUUGAUUAAACAAUGC